AUGUGCGUUCGUCCUUCUGCGCCAGAGUUGGAGCAUGUGUGUGGAAGGCCAUUAGGUUUGCGUUUCGAUAAAAAAACCAGUGAUCUUUACAUAGCGGAUGCCUAUUUUGGCCUUCUUGUUGUGGACCUGCGGGUACAAGCACUAGAAACAAGGCAAUUCUUGGCUGCUGUUUUGGACGUGGACAAGACAGGAAGGAGCCCAAGCAGUGUUUGCUCCGCUUCCGGGUUUCCCAGACAACAUCAGAAGAAACUCAAAUGGAGAAUUCUGGGUCGCUUAAGAAAUGCCUUUUCGCGAAACUCUCACUCACUCAAGACUUGGUUCAGAGAUUCGGUGCUGAGACUUCCAAUCAGUGGAGGAAGACCUCAUGCAACAGCUUUGAAGCUGAGUGAAUCAGGAGAAGUUUUAGAGGUCUUUGAGGAUAAAGAAGGAAAGAGAUUGAGUUGA